ACUUCAUUUCAACUUAUAAAAGGAGCUUUGAAUUCAGUUCUAGUUUCAGACAACUCUUUUGCUCCAUCAACUUUCUGUUGGAUCUUCAAUCUCCUUCAUUCUUCUUUGAAAGGUGUCGUGUCUCUCGAUGUCUAGAAUUCAUCCAGCUGAGAAUAAAUCUGAGGGCGAAGCGAGGAACGGCAGCUCCCGGCGUCCGGAUCAAUGCCCGACCAAGUUCACGGUAUGGAAGAGAUCGAGCAUGAGUUUCCAAGGGACUGACGGGUUCACCGUCUUCGAUGAGCACGGGAGACUUGUUUUCCGCGUGGACAAUUACUCGAGGAAAGGGUGUUGCUCCGCCGGGGGUGGGCUUGUCCUCAUGGACGGAGCCGGAAAUGCUUUGAUGAGUCUGAGACCCCAGAUUCUGAGCAUGCAGUGCCAGUGGAAUGCAUACAGAGGAGAAGAUGAGUGCAAAGAGGGCCAAAACCUCAAGCUCUUUUCCAUGAGAAGAGUGUCGUCCUUCCUCGAUCGAAGAAGAAAGGACGUAGCGGAAGUCUUCGUGGGGGGUUCCAAGAAACCGGCAUUCACAGUCGAAGGGUCAUUCAGAAGCCGAAACUGCGUAAUCAGGCGCUCCGGAAGUGAAGAAUUCGUGGCCAAGAUCACUCGGAAGAGGGCGAGCCCUACGGUUUUGCUUGGGACCGACGUGUUCAACUUGGUGGUGCAAGAUGGCGGCAACAGUGACCUCGUCAUGGCCUUCGUAGUCAUAAUGGAUCGCAUCUGCUCCAAGUCCCUCGCCGUUCCGGUCUUGUGUUCAUAAUUAGAAUUGAAAGCCUAGUUAGAGUUUGAUGAGGCACAUAUGUAGAACCAAAUAAUAGAUGAUGCAGAUACUGUACUGUUGAAACCUGCUCAAAGUCUCCACGUUCCCCUUUGAGAAAGGCCAAGAGGAACUACUGAGCGUGCUUUGCGGGAUUAGAUACAGAAUUGGUUUCAUGAGUCUUGAUAUGAGAAUGGAUUGACAUGGAUAUAAACUCUGUACAAAUGCUUUUUAUGAUUAUAUAUGCUCAUCUUCAGACAGGAU